CUCGAGGCUGCUCCAUCCGUGAGAGCAUGUCCCAUUUCUCAUCCUCACACAUCAUGUCUCUAGGCCUUCUGCUCUUGGCCCUGGGGCUCAUCAUGCAGACUCAAGCAAUGAUUACUAAUGGACCACGAGAGUUCAAACAGUAUGAAGUAGUUUAUCCUCAAAAACUACACAUCAUGCAAAAAAGACAGAUCCAAGAGAACCCAACGGAGUCCUAUGGCAAAGAGGAAAAAUAUGAACCUGACGUGCAAUAUCAAAUUACAUUAAAUGGGGAAAAUGUGGUCUUUCAACUACACCAAAACAAUGGCCUCCUAUCUCCAAACUACACAGAAAUAUAUUACUCUUCUGAUGGAAAGAAGAUUACCACCAGGCCUCAGGUCAUGGGACAGUGCUUUUACCAAGGUCACAUCCGGAAUGAGAAGGACUCAUUUGCCAACCUCAAUCUGUGUGGAGGGCUUAGGGGCUUCUUCAAACACCAUAAUCAAAGUUACCUAAUAGAGCCUCUGAAAGGUGGUGACCAAGAGGCACAUGCCAUCCUGCAAUAUGAGGACGUGGAUCCCGAAAACCAGACCUGUGGGGUGCAGAGCUCAGACCAGGAGCACAUCCUUACUCGGAACCCUAGAGCAAUCGCAGAUCCCAAAAAUUUCCUUACAUCUCCAAAGUACAUCAGGCUUUUCUUGGUCCUGGAUAAAGCUUUUUAUAAUAUGCACAAAGGAAAUCAGACAUCAAUAAGAAAUUUUCUUUUUGAAGUGGUCAGCCUCCUCAAUGUGAUCUAUAACACUUUGGAUGUUCAUGUGGCCUUGGUGGGCAUAGAGAUCUGGUCAGAUACCAAUAAGAUUCAUGUGGUAUCAAAUGCACAUGCCACCUUCAGUAAAUUCUUGAACUGGCACAAAAGACGGAGAGAGAGAAAACAUGACCAUGCUCAGCUGCUCAGUGGAAUUCCCUUCAACAACAAACAGGUGGGGUCGGCAGCCUCAAGUGCCAUGUGUGGUUCAAAUUCUGUUGCAGUGAUCGAGGCUUGGAAUAAAAACAGUGUGUCCCUAGUGGGAGUGAUGUCUCAUGAGUUGGGUCAUGUCCUCGGAAUGUCUGAUGUGCCUUUUACAACCCCAUGCCCAUCUGGGAGCUGUGUGAUGAACGAGUAUCUGACUUCUAAAUUCCCUAAGGAUUUCAGUGAAAUCUCCCGCAGCAAAUUUAAAAAAUAUCUCUUAUCUCAAAAACCAAUGUGUCUUCUCCAAGCUCCAGCCCCAGAAGAUAUAAUAACCAAUCCAGUUUGUGGGAAUAAACUUCAGGAAGUAGGUGAAGAUUGCGACUGUGGGACACUCAAGGAAUGCACAAACCCCUGCUGUGAUGCAGCAGUAUGCAGAUGGAAGGCUGGAGCCCAGUGUGGAGACACAGCAGCACGUGCUGCAUAAGGCAACUAAGGCUCAGUGGGCUGAAGGGACCUAUCUGCCUGAGGCUACAGAACCCAUACAGAAGAGGAUCCCAGAUGAGAAUGC